UAGUCAGUGCUGACGUCUAAAGUUUCCAUGGCCACGCUGCUGAGGAAGUAGAAGGAAACUGAAACAGGCUGGCCGAACAGGCGGAGCUCGGCUGAGGCUCUCUUGUAAACUCGGAAUGUUCGCCGUGGAAAACUUCCACAAAGCUACUCCACACCUCCUCCGUUUAUCACGCUGCCCUUCCUCUCGCACUGCUGUACACACCAAACUGCACGGACCAUGACCGUCCUGCCGAGGCUGGCUGGUGGUCUCUGGUCAUUUGCCCGCAGUCCUGCUCAGGCGGGUUUGGGCUUCAGCGGCCUUCACGGUUCCGUCCCUCUCACCGCCAGAGGCUCCGGCUCCGGAAAGCCCUUUGUGCGGGUUCACCUGACGCAGAGGCGGGCACUGUGCGCUGACAGGCCGGACAAAGACGCUGUCGAAGUGGGCGUAAGUCGCCUUGAAGGUGACGACAAUGGUAUAGUGGAAGUACUGAUGUGUCGGCAACGGGCACGGAACUCCCUGGGCCAUGUGUUUGUGGGUCAGAUACGAGAGUUGGUGUCAGGCUUGCAGCAUGACUCAGCUGCCCGGGUGGUGAUCUUUAGGAGUCUGGUGCCCAGAGUGUUUUGUGCAGGGGCAGAUCUAAAGGAGAGAGCCCAGAUGAGCAACUCGGAGGCUGAGCUGUUUGUGCAUGGUCUUCGCUCUCUAAUGAAUGAGAUAGCUGCAUUGCCCAUGCCAACCAUCGCUGCGGUGGACGGCUUUGCUCUCGGGGGUGGGCUGGAGCUGGCACUGGCCUGUGACCUCCGGACGAUGGCAUACACUGCACAGGUGGGCCUGAUCGAGACCACACGGGGACUCCUCCCAGGGGCAGGGGGCAGUCAAAGGUUGCCUCGGGCUGUGGGUUUCGCAAAGGCAAAAGAGCUGAUCUUCACUGGGCGGCAUGUCGGUGGGCAGGAGGCUCUGGAGCUGGGGCUGGUCAACCGGGCCGUCCCGCAAAAUGAGAGUGGAGAUGCAGCCCACAGAGAAGCUUUGAACCUGGCUAGAGAGAUACUCCCUCAGGCUCCAGUCGCAGUGAGGAUGGCCAAGGCGGCCAUAAACCGAGGGAUCGAGGUGGACAUCGCUUCAGGAAUGGCCAUCGAGGGCAUGUGUUAUGCCAGGGUCAUUCCAACACGAGACCGGCAAGAGGGAAUGGCUGCUUUUAUAGAGAAGAGAACUCCCAGGUACACUGGAGAAUAAACAGGCAAACUGACACACACAGAGUGGUAAAUGCAUGAAUCUUGUGGAUCGUGCAAUACAUAUGAAUUACUUUUACUGUGUAUCAUGUAAAAUAAGCAGACAUAUUUGGAAUCUCUGUUUUAACUAAGCUGCGAAUAAAUUCAACCAUGAAGAA